AUGGAUAUAGAUAAAUCAUCUUUUCCUUCGCGUCUUCUUGACGUGAUCGAGGCCAUUGCAGAAGCACAUUUUGUGUCUUUCGAUCUCGAGCUCUCAGGUGUGCCCGUCAAAGGACAAGCAAAGGAGAAGCCUGGCAAGCCUUCGCUCCAAGAGCGCUAUCUCGAAACCAAGAAGGCUGCUGAGCAGUAUCAGAUCUUACAAAUUGGCCUCACAUGCGUUAAGGACGAUGUGCUUCAGGGAGCCUACGUUUGCAAGCCUUUCAACUUCAACCUCAGCCCGAUAGUCGAAGAGCGUCUGGACGUCGAUCGUACCUUCUCUUUCCAUAGUGGAGCCGCCGAAUUCUUGCUUGGAGUUGGUUUCAAGUUCGACCUUCCCUUCACAUCUGGAGUCCCCUACUUAUCUAGAGAUGAGGCUCAACUCGCUGAGGAAAGGGCGGCCGCACGGAACGACAAGUCAUCAUUCACCGACAUUGAGAUCAAGCCGGAAGAUGUUCAAGCUCUGGAGUUCCUUAGAAGGGUCCGAUCAGAGGUCGACAACUGGCUCAAGACUGGACAGCCAAGCCCACACUCUGUUGUCAUUGGUCCUCUGGACACACAACAAGAUGUCAACCCUGAGCUGAAUCGCUUCGAGAGACGACUUGUGCACCAGAUCGUACGUGCAGAGUAUCCCGAUCUUGUCAGCAUUCCCAACAAAGGCCUGGUCCGUGUGUCUAGACUUGACCCCGAACGCGAAGAGUACAUCAAGGCUCAGCGUAAGCGGGAAGUGCACGACCGUAUCGUUCGACAGACCGGAUUCAGAUGGAUUGUGGAAGCUCUGUGUGGAAACCCUCCUGAAGCCAUCGACGUUCGAUCGUUUGCCACAACUCCUGGAGGUGUUCCUGGAUUUGUAGAUCUUGACAGGCUCAAAUUGCGCUUCAAUCGUGCUAGGCACAUGAUCCGCAACAAGAAGACUGCUCUCUUUGGCCAUAAUCUCUUCCUCGACCUGAUCUACUUCUACAGAACCUUCAUCGGAGCAUUACCCGACACUGUGGACGAGUUUGUCAGUCUAAUCCAUGAGCUCUUUCCAAUCAUUGUUGACACAAAAUAUAUGGCCACUCACAACUGUGGAGACAUCAACCCUCAAUCUUCUCUUGAACAAAUAGCAGAGAAGCUUGCAGAACAACAAAAGCCUAGCGUCACCACUCACGAACAAUACAACAAGUACACCGAUACUACAGCAUUCCACGAGGCUGGCUACGACAGUAUGCUCACGGCUGAAGUUGGUGUGCGUCUUUCAGCAAAGCUCGAGCUUGCAGGAAAUUAUGAUCACGAGGAGCGACAAAACACGAUUCCACCCACACCACCUGAUGUUGAUGGCGGUGGCGUUCAGCUCGACAACAAUACACCCUCGGUGAUCAAUUCGGCUAUUGAAGGUGUCAAAGGCCUUCUCCAAGCACCGUUCAAGGCUUUGGGAGGACAGGCAAACACACCAGAUCAGCCAUCAAAACAGUCAACACCAGAAGACUCACUAGCCCAGCAAACCGCCGAACUAGACAUCACCGAAAACGAAUCAGGCACAACGAGCACAAAAUCCAAGAAGAAAAAGAAGAAGAACAAGAAGUCCAAAGCCUCCGCUCCUACCCCUUCAGCACAACAAGGCGGCCGCUUUGCUCACGCCACAGCCUUUGACCAACUCCAAGAUACCCUCGAUGGUUCUGAGGAAGAGGAAGCAAAGACGCCUGAAGAAGUCCUUGAAUUCGAUGCCCUGCCUUCAGAAAACGCACAUGCAUCCGAUCCCGUGGUUGCAGACACAGACGGUGUUUCUGACUCUCGUGCUGGAGCAUCAUGGGACACUAUCCCCGUACUGGCUGAAGAAAACGCGUCCUGGGACGAGCGUGAAGUAGGAACGGUGAUGCCGUCUUUCAAAUCCGGCUUCUGGAAGGUCUAUGGUAAUAAACUGCGUGUCUUUGGCACACAGGAGGGAGUUGCUGUGCUGGACUGA